AUAUUUUAGUUUGAAUCAAGCAGGCAGCAUUGAACACUCCUCCCAAACAGAAUUCAACCAAAAAUUCGGACAAUAAUCACUGGAGACAAAAAUGCGGAACCGCAAACAAAAAAUGUCCAAUUCCGUGCAGGAGGAGCGCAAGGAGCGGAUUAUGCGAUUCAUCGAGGAGAACCGAAUAAAAGAAUCGCGUUUGAAUGACAAGAGUCGAGCUUCGAAAAAGGAUGCAGAACUGGCAUCAUGUCUGAUCUCAACGCCUACAAUGGACCUGCGUUUAACAGGAGGCACAAUCAAGCCAGCUGGAAAGAUUCCGCGCACAGAUAGUGAAUGUCGGUUCCACGCCCCUGGACAGAGUUUCCUUCAGAAAAGAAGCUCCAAUGUAGCGAUAAGUGUUCUGGAGCUGGUCAACCCCCAACCACUAAAACAGCUGAAGAACAAGUGCGACUUCUUUCCCAAAUAUGAAUAUCCUCAUCCGAACAAAGAUCAGACCACGCAGACGCUUUACAGGGAAUCCUCGGCGCAAACCCUGCCCUACCUUCCGGAGGCCUUUGAGACCGAAGAUUUGGACCAAGCCCUGGAGCUCUUCACUCUGCCCUCAAUACUGCCGGGAGACGGGCCUCCGGGAGCCUACGAGGUAGACGUCUUCGAGCGGGCCAACAAGCGCCGCGCUCUUCUGAUGGCCAUGAGAAGCAAUAUAAAGUUACGGCAGGCAGAUGCCCGGAAAUUGGAGUUCCAGAAGUACAAGAACCUGCUAGAGGCCUUCGAGUGGUCAGAGUGGAUACAACGGGAGGAGUACAUCCAGGAGUGUCAGAUGCUGCGACUGGAAAUCGUGAUCAAGAUGUUCGACAAACGGGAGAAGGAGAUGCAUGCCGCCUCCAAGAGGCGAAUCGAGCAGGCCUGUGAGCGCAUCGAGAAACGGCGCCAGGCGGACCUCCGUAAGAACGAGAUCGAGUACCAGCGCGGCAUGCGACGGAUAACCAUGCAACUUACCAAAACCUCCCGGAAGUGGGAGAAACCUGAAACACUGCACGCCUUGGGAUCGCGCUGCUCCGAGUUCUACGCACCGAUCCGCCGGUACGGCGUGGACCCCGUCCGUCGAAACUUCGAGCCGAACGCUGGGCGUCGAGCCUUUGACAUGCGGAUCGAUCAGCUGGAGAAGCAGGUGAACAUGAACCAACUAAAGUGCCCCUUCAGGAAGCUGCACGACUGGGCCCAGCCUAAGCAGCUGACCCGCGAAUAUGAAAGGAAUUUCUGCACGGACGCCAACCUACAGAGCCUCUAUGUGUUCCUAAAGACCCUGAGGAAACACGGAGAUCUCCGCAUCGAUGCGCCCCAGUGCCUGAAAGAAAAAGUUGAUUGGGCAAAGUUCGCAGAUAACCGCGGAGAUUCAACAGUUUCUUACGAUCACCCCCCACCAUUCUUCUACGGUAGAGGAACGCUAAAGCCGUGGGAUCCACGCCCUUCACACAAACCUAAAAUACCGAUUUCAAAUUUUGAUAAGAAUAUAGAACGAGAAAUCCAAAAUGUCAACAUGGAGAUCUUGGUCGGCGCCCACGAGGGCAAAAUGAUCGGCAACCUAAUGGAGUUUCUCUUUGAGGAAUCGAAUCGGAUGGAGGAGCAGAGACGCCUCCACGCCUUCGCCAUCCUGUCCCAGAAAAAGCGUUGGCGCCGCGAGGCCAUCGAAUCAGGAUAUAGACAAAAAGAAAAUGACUUGCGGAUGCUGUAUGAGGAGAUGUUCCAGCAAAGCAUUUAUGUAAACCACGAGGUCACCGAUCUCUUCAUCAAAGACAUCCUCAGAAACGACGUGGCAGCGAUUGCCGCCAACGAGACGUCGAAAACUGUGACUGAGAUGGCCCGGCAAAUCGACCGGGACAUCGAGCGCUGGCUGGAGAGCUUUAAGCUCAUCCAGAAUCCUUUAACCUUUGUCCCGCUGCGGCUUAUGCUCCGCGACAUGGUAUGCCCGGACUUGGAUGCCGCUGUAGUUAAGCACGAAAACGCCAUGGUGGCCCAGUACAUUGUGGAGGAAGUGAUCUUUGAUAGGGUGUGGCAGGAGCUGGAGCCCUUCGACGUUGCCAGCACCUUGACUAGUGACCUCAUCGAUCGCCUUAUCGACAACGACCUCUACCUAUUUUCCACAGACAGUGAGAGCGAUUCCGAUCACAAGCCCUCCUGGUACGAGGCUCAGGCCAUCAUCAGGAAACUUAUUCGUCACUCAGUGCCCGGAAAGCGCUGGAAAGAGGAGAACGAGCGGAUUGUUCACGAUAUAUAUGACGAUAUGUUGGACGACAUCUUUGUUCAGUUACUUUUACAAUACCACCCCCCCAAACACGAUUCCCAAGUACGGAUCAACUGCCAAGAAUAUGAGGAAUUCAUCGAGGAGAAAACAGCUGAAAAGAUUCCUAUAAGAACUGACUUAUCAACCAAACGAGUCAAUCAGAGCCUUUUUGUAACAGACCUAAUUAACGAAGGGGACGAUGAUAAUAUGGACGACGAUCAGGACGAUAAGACCGAAUCCUUGUUAAGCGAAAAGGAAGACACAAAUGAGGACGCAAAUAAUGCAAGCAGUCAUACGGAUCUGCAAGUCGGUUGGAAAUGCGCAAUCAACUAACAAAAUGGGAAAAAUUCAAAUGCGGCAAUAACGAAGGGAUUUUGAAUUUUACUAGAUUAUUAUAUAUUUUUAUUAUUUGUAUAAACAGACCAAUAAACACAUUUUUA